CUGACCACAGAAGAUACACACCUACCUGCCCACUAGUACAGAUCUCUUUGGGAGCCGGCUGUCCGCAUAGUCUAGCCUUAGAUAACCGAUCAGUUGCCGACAGACAUGGCUGACCAGCUAACAGAGGAGCAGAUUGCUGAGUUCAAGGAGGCCUUCUCCUUAUUCGACAAGGAUGGCGACGGCACCAUCACGACGAAAGAGCUGGGCACGGUGAUGAGGUCACUGGGCCAGAACCCCACGGAGGCCGAGUUGCAGGACAUGAUCAACGAGGUGGACGCUGAUGGCAAUGGAACCAUUGACUUCCCAGAGUUCCUGACUAUGAUGGCCAGGAAAAUGAAGGACACGGACAGCGAGGAGGAAAUCCGUGAGGCUUUCCGGGUAUUCGACAAGGACGGAAAUGGCUACAUCAGCGCAGCCGAGCUCCGCCACGUCAUGACCAACCUGGGUGAGAAGCUAACGGACGAGGAGGUGGAUGAGAUGAUCAGAGAGGCCGACAUCGAUGGCGACGGGCAGGUCAAUUACGAAGAAUUUGUACAAAUGAUGACUGCAAAAUGAAGCUUUCCUGACCUUUCCCGAUCCCUCUUAGAAGAAGAAAAAAAAAAUCAGUCAAAUGUUUUACUUACCUCUUGCAAAAAUGUUCAUUUAUUCAUACUGUUUCUGUAUAGAAAACAUGAUUGAAUGUUGAGAAAAAAAAACUUCUGUCAACUCAGAAAGAAAAAGUAAAAAAAAAAAAAAAAAUCUAAAAUAUCUGCAUGAAAUGGUUAGUGGUCUCAUCCCCAAAUGCCUAUACUACCUUGAAACAGACAGGAAGCACUUAAGCUCCACCUGCUCGUACUGAUGUUUGGGCUGGCCAUUUUUCUUUUCCUCUUCUUUUAUUAAUGCAUGCAGCUUGUGGCUGGGGCGCUCUGCAGCCAAUCAAAGCGCGCUGAUUCCACAGGGAAGUGGCGUAUUGUUCGGUAUGGCGUACAGUUUGCAAAAUUUGGAGACGAAGCGGUUUUUUCGCGCUCGACGAUCGAGGCCAGGUUCUUGCCGAAGCUGAAGCGGAAUGAGACUUUGCUGUGUCUUCCAGAAUUUGGAAGAAGGGAAGAAAAUAACAGGGAGGAGGGGUUGGGGUGGGGGCAGAAAAGGUAGAAUUGUUUGGCAUGUGGGUAUCUUGGCCGGUCGUUUUUCUUGUCG